CUAUUCUAGAAAGAAAGAGGUUAUAAUUUGUCAAAAAUUCGAAUCUAACAAGUAAGAAUUAAUUUACGAUGGUUAUUGCAACAGAAGCUCAAAUUAGAUCGAUCGGAAACGUUUUAAAUGAUACAAACAGGCCGUUAAAGGAACGUUUUCGUGCUUUAUUUACAUUGAGAAAUAUCGGAGGUGAUGUAUCCAUAGAUUGCAUUAGGUCAUGCUUCUCAGACUCCUCAGUUCUCUUAAAACACGAAUUAGCCUAUUGCCUGGGGCAAAUGCAAGAUCCCAGAGCUAAUUCUAUUCUAAUUGGCAUUUUAGAGGAUACUAAACAGGAGCCUAUGGUUAGGCAUGAAGCAGGUGAAGCAUUAGGCGCAAUAGGCAGCCCAGAAAGCAUAGAAAUACUGGAAAAGUACAAGAACGAUCCAAUUGUUGAAGUAGCAGAAACUUGUCAACUCGCCUUGGACCGAAUUAAUUGGUUGGAAUCUCAAAAGGAAAAAGAAGACCUUACAGAUAAUCCUUACGAUUCCGUGGACCCCGCUCCCCCUAGUAAGGAAUUGAACGUGGAAGCUCUAAAAAAGGUUCUUCUCGACGAGAAUGCAUCACUCUUCGAGCGAUACAGAGCCAUGUUUUCGUUAAGAAAUAUACAAACCAAUGCUUCCAUAGAUGCUCUAGGCGCAGCUUUGAAGUGCGGCAGUGCUUUGUUUAGGCACGAAAUAGCAUUCGUUUUGGGCCAACUGCAAGAUCGAAGGGCGACAAUGUACUUAAAAGAAUCCCUUGCAGAUCAACACGAAAACGAGAUGGUAAGGCACGAAUGUGCGGAAGCUCUGGGUGCUAUCGCAACCAAGGAAUGCACGGAGAUUUUAAAUCAAUAUCUAAGCGAUUCGAAGAGAGUUGUCAAAGAGAGCUGUGAAGUAGCACUCGAUAUGUGCGAAUACGAAAACAGUCCCGAAUUCCAAUAUGCUAAUGCGUUAAAUUAAAUGCCAUAUAUUAUUAUAAAAAUUUAUGUAUUAAAAUCUACUUUUGAUAUGCAUAACAAUUUGUCAUAGAAUGAACAAGAACCGAUUAUACAUUGUCCUGUUUUUCCCACAUGUUUGUCACAUUCAUCAUUAUCUAGGUAUGACCAAUCCGCUCCAUAAGCGAUAUUUUUAUGUUCAUAAUAACUUCCAAUGAUCUCACUUUGCUCUGCAGAAAUAUCUACUACAUGCACCCCUCCAAGCAUACAAGCUGCUAACAGUUUAUCGUGUUGAAACGGAUCCCAUUUUAAUCUCCAAAGUGUUCCUGGCAUUUUGAUCAAAUUCAAUUCUGUCUUCAUUUUUCUGAUAUCCCACAACCUGAUUUUCUCGUCAUA